AGUUUCGCCCUGUAUGUGUGCAUGGGUUUUUUUCUCUCUCUCAAUCUGUCCCUCAUAUCACGCCGCCAUAGAUAGGAUUGGUUUGUCUUGUAAUGGAGGCUGCAUUAAAUGACAAGGUAUAAUGAGUAUUCGCCAUUUUCAAUUUCCAUCAUUACACAGAUUUUAUAUCCUACAAAGUGAAAACUCACUUUCUCUCAACCGACUCAUGAGAGAUAAAGUCCUUGCCUUUCUGGUUUCCCUCUCUAGUCUCUGCCUUCACUGUUCUACUUGCACUACUGGGUUCCCUUGACCUUCUCUUUAAUUCUUCUGCACUGUUCAAUUUCAUAAGGGGAAAAUUUUGAUUUUGCUGUUUCCUUAAUUUUUAGUAUUUAUAAGGCAGGCUGUUUCAAUUCCUCUGGAGACCAAAAUUUCCCUUUGCAUUGUGGCUUUUUGUCUCUUCUUCUACUUCCUCAAUGGCUUCCCUGCCUCCAAACCCUAACCCUAACUCCAAACGCCUGAACCCACACGCCGCACCUUUUAUCAAACCAUCAUCGCUUCCUGAGACUGGGCUCUUGUUACCGUCAAGGCCCUUUUUUUCUGGUAACCUUUCACAAGCAGCGGCUCAGCCUAUGCGUUUGGCUGCACAUGGAUUCGUUUGCUACUCAGAUUCUGUGCCCAUGUCAGCUUGGGGAUGCGCAGCACCAGCAACAAUGGUUUACUACAACACCUAUAAGCAGCCAUUGCCAGCUAACUCGAUGUCGUUCUAUGCCGGGCAUGUGGACAAGGAAUCAGGGAGCUGCAACGCGAAUGCACAACCAGCAGUGGAUAACCUGAAGCCAUUCUACCCUGGCAGUGAGCAUCAGAAAGGUUUUGGUGCAAUGCGGGAUUGUGGGUUCUAUGGGUGUAGAAAAAAGACAGAAGAAAAUAGUCAUUCGCUGAGCCAUUUAGCUUUGAGGUUGAGGUCAAAGAAAAGAGACAGAAGGGGCUCAUAUGGAGAACGAUUAUGGGUACCGAAGCAGUUCUCUUUGGACAUGAAUAGUGAUGGCGCUGGCGUUGGAAGCAAGUUACACAAGAAGGGGGAUGGUGAUAUUGAUGGUGAUGAUGUUCGAACUCUUUCUCCUUCUGAUAAUAAAAUUGAACUCGAGGGAAAGACCAGUCUAAUGAUAAAAAAUAUUCCAAAUCAGUUUCAAAGGCACGAUCUGCUUCGUAUUCUGGACAAGCACUGCCUGGAAGAGAACAGAAAGGCUAAGUCGCGCUCUGAUCCUUUCAAGUCUGAGUACGAUUUCCUCUAUCUGCCUAUGGACUUCAGGAAUCAUUCAAAUUUAGGGUAUGCAUUUGUAAAUUUUACAAAUGCUGUUGCUGCUUCAAGGUUUUGCAAGACCUUCAACAAGUACGAGUGGGAAGUUUCUUUCAACAAGAAAACAUGUGAAAUCUCUUGUGCUGUAAUCCAAGGCAGAGAAGCCCUCAGAAAUCACUUCAAGAACUCGGUAUUCUAUUGUCACACCAAUGGAUAUUUGCCAGUGGUUCUUUCACCUCCACGGGACGGCUUGGUUCAAUCUAGGCCUGUUGUUGUUGGUAGGCGGGCGGGCGGGCCAUCACCGCCAGGAAGAGGCGCAGCCAGUCAAAAGAAGCCUUGAACAACACUACUAAAGUCCCACAUCCCCCACCCAAAAACAAAAGGAAGAAAAACAGAACAAGAUAUAUAUUGAGGUCCUCCAAGCUAAGGAUCAGUAGUCCUAACAAGCUAUGUUGUUGGAUUCGGUGCCGGCGGCUAAACCUAUUUGUAGAGCUAAUGAUUAAUGAACUUCUGCGGAGUAAUGGAAUGACCUUUGUUUACGUUCUUUCCCAGAUAGGAGAUGGAGCUUGUAUAUGGUAGUCAUUCCGCAUUUUCUUUUUGAGAAUCCUGUGUUUCAUUUUCUCCCUAGUUGCCUUUGGUGCAAAUUUGGUGUCAAACUCGGGUGAAUUGGAAACAUCGGAUUGGGGUUUAGUAUUAGCUUUGUAGAAGAGGUGCGAGUAAAGAAACUAUGUAUAUUAUGUUUGGAUGCUUCUAA